UCCAACGAUCCCCUGAAGUUUCUUCUUCCCUUCGUAGACCUAGAUAGACAAGAUAGACGUAGACCUGGUGGUUCCGAAUCCUGAUGGGUGUUCUUGCGUCUGUCUCCUGCGAGCUGGACGAAUCCGCGCCGAUAUGGCGGCCGUCGCCGGCCCCGAAUCAAAUCGCGUCUCUUGGAGUGAUUGUUUAGAUUAUUGAAGAGAUAAGAGAGAAGUGGUUCUCUUUUUUGGACGAUAUUGAUCGAUUAGUGGGAUUCGUUUUUUUGAUCGCUGAUGACUCGGAGCAUCCGGUUGUUCGCCGUUUUCGGGCGAAGCUGAUCCUCCAGGUCCUUUCGCGUCCCCGAGGUUUCUCUUCCGCAUCGUUCGAGCUUCGACGAGCGUGAUAACUCGAACGUCUCUCCUUCUCUCUCGCUCUCUCGGCCCAGUCAUUGAUGUAGAGGCAGCUCGCAUGAAUGAAUAAUGGCGCCACAUCGAGAAUCGUUUUGAACGGUGACGCGUUUACUGCCGUCUUACACAGAGAGUCGAUAAUUCGCGGUUAUUUGCGGAUCGCGAAAUUCCAGGUCGGAUUUGUUGCAAUUUUUUCAUCCCACGGCUCAGCGAAUCCCGCAAUUCGCGUAUCUUUGAAAAGGAUCAGUAUUUUCCGCAUCAGUAGCAGGUUACAUAAUGUCCUAAAUUUGGGUUUAGAAAUUUGGCACAGAAUCGUCUGAUUGUAGGUUUAAUUCACGGAUUUGAUAGAGUGCACAUUAUAUAAUUGUUGUGUAUGACGUCAAUUUCUUCAUCUAUUUCUUUUGCAAUUCUACCUGAUUCUCACAAUUAAUUCCAUCACCUACUUACUUAGUGUUCUGAAUCAUGAACUCUACUUUUUCCCACCAUUGUAUUCCGUAUCGAGUAAUCCUGAUUCAACAUCGUUAUUAGAAUAUUACAUCAAACACCUUAGAGGAUAAUGCUUUGCCUCGCAUAAUAAAGGCUCGCAAUCGGGGUUAAUUAAAAUCGAAAGGACGGGAAGAGAACGGAAGGUACGGAUUGAACCGAUUAAAAUGUCAUCGCGAAUCGGCAUAUAUAAGCGCGCUCUCUAUUUAUCAUAUUUCGUAUGUAGGGCGGCGCAGAUAAAUCGAUACGCGGCACUUUCAUUCAUGGCUGCCUCUCUCUCUCUCACAUCGGGUUGGCACAUUGCCGUUGCUCCACGUACCACCCACGCCGUCGGGAGCAGCGCACACACUUACAACUCACCCGUUACGUAGUAGUAUACAGUCGUGGCUGACAGUGGUUCUCCGUUUCUCGCCGCGUCGUGAAAGAACGCGGGGAUGAGGAGCCUCUUCUGCAGGUCCGACUUGGGGCGCAUCGUGACAUCUUGGGUUUUAAAUUUGUACAUUAAAUGGAAAUCCCUGUCCUCUUUUGUUCUUUUUUGUUUUUUAACUGAUGAAAAAGUUAGUUUUAAGUCGCUAAUCUACGUCAAAGAGCCUUGAUCAGUUGACGUUUCACUUGUUCCGAACAGACAAGCGAUGUUCCGUGACGUAAACCUUCGCGUGGGAUACUUUUCGCAUUCUAUUUAUAAAUCGUUGUCAUUAGUAACAUAUAUAGAACGAUAUAUCUCUUCGUCCUCGACAUAGGCGCAUAAUAGCCUGACGAUAAUUCAAUCGACUGAAAAGCAUAACGAUAUGAUGCAAUAGAUACGGUAGUGUAUAUUACAUUUUCACUAUGUUGUUUUUAAGCGCGAAGGUUUCAAAAUCUGAUUUUCAAAGACUGAACUAAAAAAUAAAAAAAAAGAUAUUUCAGUAACCUAAAGAUCUCUCUAAUAAUAGGUCUGUUUUUUUUAUAGCUGAAUCGGUUACACUAAUUUUCUUUCCUUCCUAAAAAAAUGUGGAGUCAUAAGGAUAGACUCUGAACUAGUGCAACCAGUUAUAAAGAAACAAACCUAAAAGUUUAUGUCAAUUUUAGCUGAAGAGAACAAAUCUAAAGAUGAUACUUUUAGGUCUAUUCUUUAUAGUUGAACUGGCUGCAGUAGUUUAUUUCUUUCCUCCCAAAGUGGAGUAAAAGAUAGGCUCUGAACUAGCGCAGCUGAAGAGAACAGACUUAAAGUACAAACUUUUAGGUCUAUUUUUUAUAGUUGAACUGGUUGCACUAGUUUACUUCUUUCCUCCCAAAGUGGAAUAAAAAAAUACCCUAAUAGCACAACAUAUCCAAAAGAUAUUCGGCGAAUAUCCAAAGGAUAUCCAGAGGACACCCUCAGGAUGUUCUCUGAACAUCUUCGGGACAUGUGUAUUAGGAUAGGCUCUGAACUAGUGCAGCUAGUUUAGCUGAAGGGAAAAAACCUAAAGUUGACACUCUUUCCUUGCUUGAAAGAGAGAAGGAGCUUCCUAGAGAAAUUCUUAUUAGAGAUCUCAUAGUUGCAUUUCGUGCAUCAUCAUCAACCACUGCACCGCUGCAUCUUUCGGUGUGCGCACGUCAAUAUUACGUCGACGUGCAUCCGCCCGUCCGUCCAUCCAUCCAUCCAUCCAUCCAUCCGUCCAUCCGUUCGUUUGCGUUGAAUGACGACGGUUGACAUUAGCCGUCGCGCACGAGGCAUCUCUCGUGGCAUCCUUAAAUUAGUUAAACUAGUGCAUCGCGCGCGCAAGAGAGAGAGAGAGAGAAAGACAGAGGCUAACCCAGUUAGUUAUAGUUACAACACACACGCGAAAAGGGGGAUAUCGAAUAAAUUUACUGCGCAGCCGCGCGUGUAUAGGCGCUAUCGGAGCCGCGAGACAGAACCUGACGACGCAUACAAGCAGGUAUGCUCGCGGCCCUUUUCGCGCGCACGCGGUAGGAGAAACUAUACACGACGGAAUGCGGGGUUGGGGAGGCUCGUGGAAGAGGGAGAAAGGGUACGGCUACUCUUUGAAACUCGGUCCACUUGCCUCCCCGUGGCGUUCGCCGCAGCGCACAAUGCGAGGGUGGCGGCGGCGCGAGUGGAGAACAUCAGGCGGAUCUCCCGCUCGGUGACGCUCGCCCGAGGGAUCCACCUCAAGCAGAUCGGUCGCCCUCGAGUCUCUUUUCAAGAACCAAACCGAACCGGUUGUGUCUUCCGGGGUUUUCCUCGUGAGAACGUCCUGGUGAACCCCCUUUCGAAGCGUUCUCCAAAUGGCAAGGAGCGUCGUCGAGCUCAUGACCUUUCUGGAUGUUUGCCAACUCUAUCUGCAGACGAAGAAGAAGUCGCGGAACCUCUGCACCCUCUGGGCGAUCGUGACGUUCAUCCGGACGGAGGACACUGGGGACUUCCUGAGAUGGUGUCGCGUUUACACGGUGCCCCGUUUGCGCUAUUGCACGGAUCGCGCGAAGAAAAAGAAAACGGAGAACGCGGAGAAGACGAGCCCCGAGAAGCUGAUACUCAAACUGUUGCAGGAGUUGUUCUAUUGCGGCUGUCUGCCGCCCUGCGAGAUCGGUCUGUGAACAAAGGCCGAUGUGUCAAGUGAUGUAGGACACGUGAAAGUCGAGUUUGCUCUUCACGCAACAGGCUAUUUAAAAAAUCCAUAUAUCUUCCAUCGUGUGAGCGCACAUGUGGACGAGAGUGAAUCACCUUAGCGAGAGGGAUGUCUGAGAGCGACGGAGAGCAUGCAGCUCGCUCGGUGGCCCUAGAGCAAGCCUACGUCCACGAAGUAUACGAGCAAUGUGCCGAGAAGACCACGCAAAGUAAACACUGGCCACGAGUAUAUCAGUUUCUUCAGGAACUCGAACCGGGUGCUCUCGUCUGCGACAUCGGUCAGUCGAGAAUAUUUUUUAUACAUGUUCUCUGCUUUUUUUUCAAGUUAACAAAUCAGUAGAUAGUAUAUCAAUUUCACGGAAGAAUUAAUUUUUCUUGAAGCUGAUGAGCCGCACGGAGUUGCAAUUUUUCUCGGCACGAGACCAAGAAAUUAAAUAAAUUCGAGAUUUUUAUUUUUGAUGAAUUUCUCUCUCUGUGUCACUUUUUGUUUAACAAUCAUUUUCAUCGUGCUAUGAACACAUCUGUCACUGUUAAGCAGUUCUUUUUGAACUAAAGAGCUGUCGCGCGGGUUGCAUAAGUAACGGAGUUCGCGCUUAUAAAUCCUUCUGUCAAUGAAUGAAUACUCGAGUACCCAAAAACGACUUUAAAUAUUGAAAAUCUGUCAGAACUUUUUCUCGCUCAAAAUAAAAUAUAAAGGAUCUCUGUUUGGAAAUCUAAUAAAAUAUGACGAGAAAGAAACGUUCGAUGUCUUGUAAACAGUGUUGUGCUUAGAUGAUUUUAAAAUUAGCUAGAUGAUGAGAUAA